CGAGCGCGGCUUCGUCUUAUCUGUCUUUCCUGUCCAAUGUCCCACCGAGUAGGCUGAGCCACGUGUAUGCAGUAGCGUUUCGCUUGUCUUCAAACGUCCAAUUUCUUGUGUUUCAUAGGAACACAAUAAAGCACCAUGGUGAAGUUAGCAAAGGCAGCAAAUAAGCCAGUAACUCAGAAGAAAAAAGCCCCUCCACCCCCUAAAGAAGUGGAGGAAUCUAGUGAAGAGGACAGUAGUGAAGAGGAAGAAGAGAUGCCUCCCCCUAAAGCAGCGAAGAAAACCAUACCAGCCAAAGCUGCCCCAGUUGUCAAAAAUGGCGCUGUUGCCAAAAAAGCAGAAAGUGAUGAUGAUGACGAUGAUGACGACGAUGAUUCUGAGGAGGAGUCUGAAGAGGAGGCCCCCCCACCUAAAAAGACCCCUGCCAAAGCAACACCGGCUAAACCAGCAGCCAAGGCGGCCCCUGCAAAGGCUGAGGAGUCAGAUGAUGAUGAGGAUGAUGAUGAUGACGAUGAUGAUGAUGAUGACUCUGAAGAAGAAGCCCCACCUCCUAAGAAAGCAGCCAAGCCUGCUGCAAAGCCUCCAGUGAAAGCUGCUCCUGCAGAGGAGUCCUCUGAUGAAGAUGAUGAUGACGAUGAUGACUCAGAGGAAGAGGCCCCACCUCCAAAAAAGGCUGCCCCAGCCAAACCAGCUGCAAAGGCUGCCAAAGAGGAGUCUGAUGAUGAUGACGAUGAAGAUGAUGAUGAAGAUGACUCUGAAGAGGAGAUGGACACGACUCCUGCCCCAGCAAAGGCAAAGAAAGCAGGCAUGGUGAAGGCCAAGGAAGAGUCAGAGGAGGACGAUGACGACGACGAUGAUGAUGAUGAUGAUGACGAUGAGGAGGACGAAGCACCCCCAGUGACUCCCUCUAAGAGGAAGGCAGAGAGCAAGAAGGACACCCCUCCUGCUAAGAAGGCAAAGUCAGAUGGUGAAGGUUUCUGUCUAUUUGUUGGGAACUUGAACUCCAACAAAGAUUUUGAAGAAAUCAAAGGCUCUUUAAGAAAAUUCUUCUCCAAGAACGACCUCGAGGUUGUUGAUGUCAGGUUAGGUGGAUCCAAGAGAUUUGGUUAUGUGGACUUUGCAUCUGAGGAGGACAUGCAGAAAGCUCUGGAGCUGAACGGCAAAAAGGUCAUGGGUCAGGAGGUGAAGUUGGACAAGCCCAGAAGCAAAGAUGGCUCACAGGAGGGCAAGAAAGAGAGAGAUGCAAGGACCCUUUUUGUAAAAAAUCUUCCCUUCUCUGCGACUGCCGACGACCUGAAGGAACUCUUUGAAGAUGCAGUUGAUGUCAGGUUACCUCCAGGCCAGAACGGUUCAAACAGAGGCAUUGCCUACAUAGAGUUCAAAACCGAGGCUGAAGCAGAGAAAAUGCUGGAGGAGGCUCAGGGAGCAGACGUACAGGGGAGGUCUAUCAUGAUCGACUAUGUUGGAGAGAAGAGUCAGAAAGGAGCCAAGGUGGCAGCAUCAGGAGCAGCUUGUAAAACACUGGUAGUGAAUAAUCUGGCCUUCAGUGCCACUGAGGAAGUCCUUCAGUCCACAUUUGAGAAGGCUGUUUCUAUCAGAAUCCCACAGAGAGACGGCAGACCUAAAGGUUUUGCUUUUCUAGAGUUUGAGAGCACAGAGGAUGCUAAAGACGCUCUGGAGAACCUCAACAACACAGACAUUGAAGGCCGAUCAAUCAGACUGGAGUACAGUCAGAACAGCGGCGGCAGAGAUGGAGGCAGGGGAAACUCAGGUCCAACAAAAACCCUCUUCGUCAAAGGGCUCUCUGAAGACACAACAGAUCAAACCCUGAAGGAAGCGUUUGAGGGCGCUUCAGCAGCCAGGAUAGUCACAGACAGAGACACCGGGUCAUCUAAAGGUUUUGGCUUUGUGGACUUCGAUAGCGAGGAGGACUGCAAGGCAGCAAAGGAGGCCAUGGAUGACGGCGAGAUUGAUGGUUGCAAGGUCACCCUCGACUACGCCAAGCCCAAGGGUGAAGGCGGCUUCCGAGGAGGCAGAGGCGGUGGAUUUGGCGGCGGAUUUGGUGGCCGUGGCGGCGGCAGAGGACGUGGUGGUUUCGGUGGCUUUGGCGGCCGUGGUGGAGGCAGAGGAGGAGGAAGGGGAGGCCCUCGCGGAGGACGAGGUGGCCGUGGUGGCUUUGGAGGUGGAAGAGGAGGUGGUGGUGGAUUUGGUGCUAAACCCCAGGGGAAGAAAAUCAAGUUUGACGACUAAAUCCUUAGUCUGUUUUACUUUUUGAAUGGACUCUGGUUUCAUCUUUUUUCAGAGCUUUUGGACAUUCCAGAAAGCGUAAUUGAUAUAUAUUUAACUGUUAAUGGGCAUUUUAGCCCUUUAUUUAGAUCCUUCAAACCUCCCCCUACCCUCCUGUGCCAGACUGGUACGUCAGACCUUCUCAGCUCGAGUGCUACACGUUAGCACUGAAUGUCCCUAAUGCAAACCUGCACCUCUCAUCCUUGUUAGCUCUCUUGCUUUUCUGAAGGAGUAAAAAGGAAAAGGUUUGCUGUGAAAAAUCUGCUUGUCUUUGUCAGAUACAUUGUGUAAAUUUAAACAGUUUGUAUGAUUUUCAUUUUACCUUUUGUAAAAAAAAAAAAGAAACCCUUGUAUCCAUAUGUUUUUGUUUUUAUUUUGUUUGUCGUUUAGUUUGCUUUAGGUGCCAAGUUUUACUGUAAUGUGCAAAGCAUAUUUUGAUAGAAGAUUUGAGUCGGUGUUCUAGAGUUGGUUAAGAAAAAUGGCAAAGAUGUUCUGUCAUGGUUGUUUGAUGGGGCACAGUCAGUGUCUGAGUCACAGCGGAGGAAAUGCCUCUCGUCUAUGUAACAUAAAAUAUUUGUAGUGCAUUGACUAAUUUUUCCCAUCUGAGAAUCUGAAGAUUUUCAUGUGAUAAAAUAAAAUCUUGUAGGUGGUGAUUUUUAAA